AUGGAGAAGAAUGAAGGGCCACGAAACAUUAAAGGCAUAUUACAUGUCCUCUUGAUGAACAACAACACCAAAGGCGAGCUUGGGGACACCUCAGCCGACGCCGUAUGCACUCACGGUUCUCUCCCGAUGAUCUCUAACGCCAUAGCAGAGGACUCCAAAUUCCCUAACGCCAAAAGCUGUGCAGACCUGAAAAGAGACUUCGAAAACCAGCAACUCUGGACCCUCACCAAAGGCCCAAAAGCCCAGCCCCCGGGAAACCUGCCGAACGGCAAGCGUGGUUUAGAAGAAGAGGGGCUCACAAAAUACUCUCCAAACGGCCUUUGCCGAAUCUUCUUGAGCCAAGACCCGAGAGGCCCAAACCACAACCAAGACUUGCCGAAGCUUUUACGCAGCCUAGCCCAACAAUUUUACUUAACCAAAGCCCUUGGCCCUUUGCCAAGGCUAAGGUCACGCCCUAGGCUCGAUGCCGAAGACCUAGCACCCUCUCGUAGGCUCUCUUCCGGAGACAUACCUUCAAAGAUGGCGCAACUUCUAGCUUGCCAACUUGGGGGACUAGGGAAUGCCCUACGGUUCCCACUAAAUCUAGAAUGCUCAGUCAUGAUUACACAAAAAUCUCACAAGUUCCCAACCCAGAAGUUACUUCUUGACCACGAACUUGGGGGACUACUGUUUACACGAUAA